GUUGCAAGUGGCUGUGCCCACCCAUGAGCAACCCAGACCCGCUUUCUGCAUAUGACAUCCUAGGAGUUGCUGAGGAUGUCUCAGAAGGUGAUUUGAAACGCGCGUAUAGGCGCCAAUCCUUAAAAUACCACCCUGACCGGCAUCCCGACGACCCCGAGGCAGGCCAGAAGUUUCAUGAGCUGACAACCGCCUACGAACUAUUGCAAGAUCCCGUUAAGAGACAAGCGCUAGACGAAUCACUACGAAUCUCCAAAUCUAGAAGAGCUCGCCUAGCCUCUCACGACUCCAAGCGGAAGAUUCUUCAGGAAGAACUCGAAGCAGGCGAGCGCGCUGCGAAAAAGUUCAGGGCUGGUGAUGUCGAGCGUGCGGCGGCAGCCAGCGAGAAACUGGCUAAAGCAAAAGAGGAGAGCAAGCGUCUCCUGGAGGAGAGAAUGAAAAAACUACAAAGCCAUGCCCCUCAAUCCAGAGCAGACAGCCGUUCUAGUGCCACUGAACCUGUGGCUACAGAUACCCCGCUUCGUAUUCGAUAUAAUGCCUCAAAGUUCCCCACGUUAGUCGAUUCUUCAUCAAUUUCCGCAUUCUUCUCCUCUUUUGGAGAAAUUAAAUCCGACCUCAUCGUGUUGACACGCAAGAAACGCAAGAACUCAGGAGGUGGAGAUGAUGUGAUUACUGCACUUAUUCCAUUUAUAUCUUCUAUCGAUGCUCUCAACGUUGUCUCAUCUGCCAGUCAAGACCGGUUCAAAGGCAUGCACAUCUCACUACUUUCUAAGGGUGCAGGGACAUCGGCAGAGGGAUAGCAGAAAGACACACGGCACUCUAGCAUCCCAAAUUGUACAGUUUAUAUGGUAAUCGACUGCGUGAAACGACCAUAGAAAUGGUCGUGUCUCAGAGCAAGAAGCUGAUUGCACAGCUACGUAGUGAUCGGCAAGGCCAAGGGUGUAAAAUAGAGACGGUAAAUUACACAUUGCUUACAUAUCUGCUAGCUAUGUAUCCCAAGACUGCGUCCCUGCAACUUGACUACGCACAUUAUUAAUUAAUCCAACAACGUCGUUUGCAUCCACGGCGACU